AUGGCUUCUACAUACUCCGCUGCCUAUUUGGCAGAGGAUCGUCGAAAACCGGCGAUGAUUGGAAUUACAUUUGUUACAGCACUCUCCUUUACUGUGGUUAUGGUUAGACUUUACGCUCGAAGGUUCUUGAUCCACGAAUUAGGUUGGGAUGAUCUUUUCAUUCUGCUUGCUCAGUUAGUCAGUUGGGCCACAAUGUGUCUAUGUAUGAUGAUUCUCCGCUAUGGAUCUGGUCGACACUUGGCAGCGCUAGUCAGCCACCCCGAGGAGCUGGUCUUGAUGUAUAAGUGGCUUGUCACAACACAGAUGGUGUACAUGUUCAAUUUGUGGCUUUGUCGUGUAUCUGGGUUGGCUUUUUAUGCCCGUCUAAACCAAAUGCCACGAUUCAUUCUUUACCUCCGACUUUCCUUUGCCUUUGUGACUGCUGUCUAUGUUGCACAGACGCUCAUCAUUGCCCUUCAGUGUGUUCCCCUUGCAGCCCUAUGGGGAGCUGUGGAAGGGAAAUGCAUGGGCUCAAAGAUUACCUUUAUUUCAACGGGCGCGCUUACAAUCGCCUGUGAUUCAUUGAUUCUUCUUCUCCCUAUCAAUAUUGUUCUAUCGUUACAAGCAUCAAUGACAAGAAAGCUUGCUCUAUUGGGUAUCCUUUGUUUUGGCAUAUUAACAUCGGUACUUCGAAUGGUCUCCAUGAUUGUGUCAGUUGAACACGAGGACGAUGCAACAUGGUAUUUCUCACCUGUCAUUGCUUGGACCUGCGCCGAGGUCAGCGCAGGCAUUAUUGCACUCUCUCUACCAGCACUACGAGCCAUCUUUGGAUUUGUCAAGGAACGACGUUCAACGAGAGACCAGAGCUAUUCUAAUGGCUCGGAGAGUAUUGGACUUGACUCAGUGCCUCGAUCCCUUAAGCCACGAAUGUUCCGGGCAGAUAUCUAUGAAAACACAGUCGAGGUCGAUUGUGCGAGGAGUGUGAGCCGGGAGGCUCUUUGGGAUGGAAGAGCCGAGCAGAAAAUCAGAGUAACAGACACGGUGGAUAUAGAUGUCCGAGAGUAA